AAAUAAUUUAACUGCUAAUCUUCCCGGGUUUUUUGUUCCAAAUUUUCUCUACUUCAUCCUCCUCUUUUCCCUCUUCUUCCACAUCUCAGUUUCUCACACAAAUCUUCUAAUGGGUGGCAAACUUCAAGUGUUACCUCCAGCCAAAAGAUUCAUGAUGAUGCAUCAACAAGAUCAAAAACAAAAUGGGUCUGUUUCAUCAUCAAAACUUCCUGCUAAAAAGCGAAAAUUCUCUCCAGAAACUACCCCACCUUUUACAAAUAACCAGACUGUUACUACUCUCUGUUUGCCCGCGAAGAAACGUGUUUGGGCUUUUCAUCCAUUUGAUCUCAAUGAGGAGUAUAACCCAGUUUGUUUUGAUGGCGAUGAAAUCAAGGAAGAAAAAAUAGUUGAAGCAAUAACAAAUGAUGACAUCGAUGUGGAUGAAGAUGAUGGGAUUGUUUGUGUUAUUUGUAAUAGCACAGACGGAGAUCCAUCAGAUCCAAUCGUUUUAUGUGACGGUUGUGAUUUGAUGGUUCAUACGUCUUGUUACGGUCAUCCGUUUACAAAUGGAAUCCCAGAAGGCGAUUGGUUUUGUGCUCAAUGUUUAGCUUCAAAAUCACAGAUCCCAAACCCAAAAUCCUUCAACUGUUGUCUCUGUCCUGAAUCUGGCGGAGCAUUGAAAUCUACUGUGAGUGAAGGUAAAUGGGCUCAUGUUGUUUGUUCAUUAUUUGUUCCUGAAGUUUUCUUCGUCGAUUCAGAAGGUCGUGACGGAAUUGAUUUCAGCAAAGUUCCUAAAAGAAGAUGGGAAAAAAAGUGUUACAUUUGUAAAUCCAAAAAAGGAUGUGCUAUUGAUUGUUCUGAGCCAAAAUGCCCUUUAUCUUUCCAUGUUACUUAUGGGUUGAAACGUGAUCUCUGCAUUGAGUAUACAGAAGGACGUAAAAAUGGCGGUGUUGUUGCUGGAUUUUGCAGUAGCCAUACUGAACUAUGGAAAAAGCAACAAAAAACUGGGAAGUUCAAGAUUGUACCAAGAGAAGAAUGAGAAUCAUAGAUUUAGCAAGAGGUUUCGAGUAUGAGAAAAAUUCUGUUGAGAUAGUUAUGGGUUUUGCAGUGAGCAAUUUGAAUUUAAUUGUAAUUCCAAUGCGGACACAAAAAAGAGAAUCCUAGUUUUUAGGUAGUGUUAGAGUAGUUGAUAGGCAAUAGUAUUCUAUGAUGAUUAAAAUUUGUAUUUUUUUUUUUUUGUAUUUAUAAAACUUCGAAAUUUCUCAGUUA